CAGCAACAACAUUCAUCUCAUAGAUAUUGAUGUUAAGUACACGGACAAAGGACAAAAGUAAAUCAAAAAAGCUGCAACAAGUAAAGUUUUGUUAAUAUCGUCCAAUCGUAGUGCUAUUCUUUAUCAACCAGACCUGGUGAAUGCAGUUUUCGUGAUAUUUGGUACUGGAGGAAACGUGAGAAGGAGCAUUGCAUCAUGACAAAUGAGGAUGAUAAGGGGAUCCCAGUGCGGGUUGCCUUGCGAUGUCGCCCAUUGGUACCUAAAGAGAUCAAUGAAGGAUGUCAGUGUUGUCUCACUUUUGUGCCUGGGGAGCCACAGGUGAUCAUUGGCACAGAGAAAGCAUUCACUUAUGAUUUUGUAUUUGAUCCCACUGCUGAACAAGAAGAAGUCUUCAAUACGGCUGUGUCAUCCUUACUGAAUGGACUUUUCAAAGGCUACCAUGCCACCGUACUUGCAUACGGACAGACGGGAUCAGGGAAGACCUUUUCCAUGGGAGGAACAUACACAUCAGCUCAAGAAAAUGAUCCUUCAGUAGGAGUUAUUCCACGAGUUAUCAGAAGGAUCUUUGAGGAAAAGGAGAAGAGGACAGACUCUGAAUUCUGUUUGGCAGUAUCCUACCUGGAGAUCUACAAUGAAGACAUAUUGGACUUGCUGUGUACAUCUAAAGAUAAACCUGCCAUCAGCAUUCGGGAAGACCCUAAAGAUGGCAUUAAGAUUGUGGGUUUAACUGAGAGGAAAGUGUUCACUGCCCAUGAGAUGGUGGGUUGUCUGGAGGUUGGAAAUUCUGCUCGCACCGUGGGUUCCACAGCGAUGAACGCCGCUUCUUCACGCUCACAUGCUAUCUUCACCAUCACUCUGGAGCAGCGCAGAGGAACAGACAAAGUGGACUCAGUUGUUUCAAAGUUGCACCUGGUGGAUCUGGCUGGUUCAGAAAGGCAAAAGAAAACCAAAGCGGAGGGAGAUCGUUUAAAGGAAGGCAUCAGCAUCAAUCGUGGCCUUUUGUCUUUGGGUAAUGUGAUCAGUGCCUUGGGGGAUGAAAGCAAGAAAAAUGCCUUUGUUCCUUACAGAGACUCCAAGCUCACCCGCCUGCUACAAGACUCUUUGGGGGGCAAUAGCCACACUUUGAUGAUUGCAUGCAUCAGUCCUGCAGACUCAAACAUGGAAGAGACCAUCAACACGCUGCGAUAUGCUGACAGAGCUCGCAAGAUUAAAAACAAACCUAUCGUCAAUAUUGACCCCAGAGCUGCAGAAAUGAACCGUUUGAAACAACAGGUUCAGGAGCUGCAAGUGAUGCUACUUCAUGCCCGUGGAGGAGUAGCUCCAGUGCUCUCUGGGCCAGAGUCAGCAGAGAAUGUGACUAAGCUGUUGGAAAGGAACCGCGCUCUGCAGGAUGAGAACAAUAAGCUAAGCAGGGAGCUGAGUGAGGCAGCCGGACAGACUGCCUUCAUGUUUGAGAAAAUCAUUAUGACAGAACAAGCAAAUGAUAAACUACAGAGCAAACUGGAACAACUACGGCACCAUGCAGCAUGUACAGUGGAUCUUGAGAAAGUGUUGGAGACACUGGAGGACCAGGAGUUGAAGGAGAACGUUGAGGUGAUGAGAAACCUGCAAGACAUCAUCUUGGAGCUCAAGAAUGAGAGCGCAGGCAUCGCCGCCUCCAUUGAUGCUAUGGCUGCAGGAGAGGAUGGACCUGAGUUAUCUGGGAAUGGCAGUAAAAAUGCAGCAGAUGAGUCCCCAUCAGAUGUCACUGCCAUUGCUGAUAAGGACUCCCCAGAGGCCUUUACGACCCGUCACGCACUGCGGCAGGCCCAGCUCUCCAAGGAACUGAUUGACCUGAACAAAGUGUUGAGCCUGAAGGAAGCUUUUGUGAGGAAAAUGUGCCAGAAUGACACCCAGUUGGAGCCGAUGCAGUCGGAGCACCAGAAAAAUGUGCACGAUCUACAGUCAGCAGUGGACUCGCUGCAGAAAGAGAAAGAUGACCUGGUUUUGGCACUUCACUCUGCAAAGAAAGACACUAACCAGGCAAAGCUUAGUGAGCAGCGGAGGAAGAGGCUGCAGGAACUUGAGGGCCAGCUUGCAGACAUGAAGAAGAAGCUUCUUGAGCAGUCUAAACUGCUGAAACUCAAAGAGUCCUCUGUUCAGAAAGUUAGCAAGCUCAUGCAGGAGAUACAGGCCAUGAAGACCCAGCGGACACAACUGAUGAGGCAGAUGAGGGAGGACUCUGACAAAUUCAGACACUGGAAGAGCAAGAAGGACAGGGAAGUGUUGCAGCUGAAGGAAAAGGAUCGUAAACGUCAGUAUGAGUUGAUUAAACUUGAGAGGGAUUUCCAGAAGCAGGCCAAUGUUCUGCGUCGUAAAACUGAGGAGGCUGCAGCUGCAAACAAGCGGCUGAAAGAUGCCCUACAGAAGAGAAGUGAGGUGGCAGAAAAACGCAAAGAUGCCCAUAAUAGAGGAAAGGAGGGAACUGCUGCAAGAAUAAAGACUUGGUUUCUCAACGAAGUGGAGGUGAUGGUCAGCACGGAGGAGGCCCGGCGCCACCUCAAUGAUCUGCUGGACGACAGGAAGGUCUUGGCUCAGGAGAUCAGCCACCUCAAACAGCAGAUGGAGUCAGGGGAGCGACCCACUGCCAAAAUCAGGCGUCGGACGCUGAUCAUGUCUGAGCUGGAGAGCCAUGGGGCGCUGGAAGCUCCUCUGACCAAACAGGUGGAGAACUUGGAGACAGAGAUGGGUCUCAGGAAUGCUCAGAUAGCUGACCUUCAGCAGAAAGUUCUUGUCGCAGAUAGUGAGGGCCGUCUGAAACAACGCAUAGAUGGCAUCACAAGCAUAGUCGAUGCCAAGAGUGCCCUUAAGGUCCUGAUGUCUGAGCUGGUGUCUGCUAAAAUAGCCAGUGCCAAGCUGGAAAGCGAAGUCAAACAGGAGAAAGGGAAUGGACAGGACUUAAGGAAGCUGCUGGCUGAGGAGAGAAAUGUGAUGUCAACCAUGGACAUGGAGCACCAGCAGCAGUUGGUGGAACUAGAGCAGAGGCAUCAAGAGAAGGUCCUUUACCUCCUUAACCAGCUACAGAGCAAACCCAUAGGUGGAGAGUCAGAUGAAACAAAGGAGACAGAUGAGCAGAGUUCAAAGGAGAAGGAGCUUCUCCAGCGCCUCAAAGUCCAGGAAGAAGAGCUUGAAAAACUGCGAGAAUUGAGUGAACAGAACCAGAAACUGGUGGAGCAGAAUGAACAAUACAGUCAGAAACUCUCAUUGCUGCACCUAGUAAGUGGAAAGAAAAUCCUUGCAGCCAGCAAUGAAAACAGCCCAGACGAUUCGUUUGAGUACAUUCCUCCAAAACCUAAAGGGAAGCGCCUCACCACAGCUAAAGCACCGCUGAAUAUGGCCAUCAACAUUGAAGAGCUGAUGUCUUCCAGUGAGGAUGAGAAUGACAAGGAAGAGGAUGAGUGGCAACCUAGCAAACCUGAGAAGGGGCGCAGAAUUUCAAAGAAACAGAAAGCAACUGGGUGUGCGUGUAAAGGUCGCUGCGUGAACAAGCUGUGCAGGUGCCGCAAAGGAAAGAUGACGUGUGGGGAGAACUGCCAGUGUGAUCAUGAGAAAUGCCGCAAUGUUCACAUCCAGGUGCCUGUUGAGAUGCUGGCAUUUGAGCUUUGCACUGGUAACAGUGUGGAUGGUGUUACGAUCCAGCCUAUGGGAGCAGGGAUGCAACAUAAAAGAGGACGAAAAAAAGACCAAACCUUGUCUCCCAACUCUCCCAACGAGGAUGGAAGUCAGGCAGACGCCGUUUCCAGAGACUCCACAUCUGUCAGCCCUGACAACACCACUUUCUUCAAGCCGCCAUCUUGUACACCCACUAAGAAGGUGCUAAAAGAAAUAGGAGACAUGGGACAUGCCACUGCAGACCUACAAUUGGCCACCAAGCCGAUCUUGCCAGAGGAGGAAGAGGAGGAGGAUGACUAUGAGGAGGACAGAACAACAGUCAGCUUCCUCAAGAAGAAGAAAAGACUCCUGACGAGUUUUCAGAACAGUUUUUUCUCUGGAUGCACUCCUAUCAGCGAGGAAUCGUAAUCAGGACAGGGCAGGGUAGGGCUUUUUAGAUUAGGUGUCCGUACGUCCUUCAAUGUUAUGUCAGUAUCGUGAUUUUUUUAUGUGACUAAACUCUUGUGUACUGUAACUUGAAAGUAGCUGUUGAUUCUAAAAUGCUUUGUUAUCUGUAGAGCGUAACAAAAGGACUGGGCAGCAGCAAAGCCUUCAACCAUUUACUGGAAUUCACACUGAGAUGAUCAAAUAGCCUGUUCAUAAUGUAGGUUAAUGUAGUACAUGAUGAUGAUGUCCCGUAAAGUAAGACUAAGACUAAAUUUACCUAGUUAAUAUGUCAACUCAGCAGUCCACAGAUACACAGUCCAGCACUGUUCAACACACCAUUUUAACACAAUGUCUUGGGGAGCAGCCUUUAGGCUUUUCGCUGUGCUUUUACUACCAGAGCUGAAUAAAGUCUGACAGUCAGAUCUUGUUUUUAAAGACCAACAAACUGUUUUGUUCUUGUCUGAAUGUGUUUAAUAUGUCAGCAUCACAAGUUAAUGUCAAAUAAUUUAUUUCAUUCAUUAGUCGAUGAUUAAUGUUUUUACGUCUGACUCACUUUCAUUGCCGUUUCCUAGCAGGUAAUCACUAGUGGAAAGGUUGUUUUUUUUUUUGUUUGUUUUUUGUUUUACAUUGAAUUAAAAAAAAAUAAAUCUUAAAGUGAAGCACUGCAUUGAUAUUAUUUUAAUGUAUAUUUGUUCUACUUGUGUUGGUUACUUUUGCUGCAGACCAGGUUAUUCUGAGUGCUUUUAAAACUGAAUGACUGUAUAUACUAACACACACACAUUCCUUUCUCACAAAUCCCAAAAACAAUAAAAAAUGGUAAAUAAAACAGAACAAUAUAAAU